AAAAGUGGGUUGUGCCAGUAUUGUAGAAGGUAAUAUAGCAUGCAGACCUUAUUUGGUAAUAUAUAGUAUUAUAAAAAUAAUUUUGCUUGAUAUUUGGAUCACAAAAUUCAGCUUUGAUUUUUGCAAUUGAAGAAUUGGGAGCGCUUUAUCGUGCAAGGGGCUUGUUUGUCAUCCAGUGUCACUGAAUGAGAAGUUACUCUUUUUAACAUCAAGAUAAAUUUUGAGAGUCAGUUCUACAGCUAAUGUGUCCAUAAUUUUCCAUAAAGAAGGUUAGAGACCACAUGCAAGUCAGAUUUCUCUUGAAAACCUGUAGUAGAUUUUUUCUCUGGCUAUUUAAUGUUCUUGCUCUGUCAAAAUUUUCAGAUAAAUUGAGAAAUGAGCAAACUGCCACUAAGAUAGAAGAAGGGUGUAAGUGGUUGGCGGGGCGGGGGGUUUGUUUGGUUGAUUUUUUGUUGUGUUGUGGUGGUGGUUAUGUUUUGUUGGGUUUUUUGUGUGUGUGGGUUUUUUUCCUUUUUUUUUCCUUUUUUUUCUUUUUCUUUUUUUUUUCUUUUUUUUUUAUGGUGGGUUGUGUAUUUCUUUGGGGUUUUUUUUUUUUUUAGGAGUUCUUGUUUUGAGGUAAGGGUUUUAUAAUCCAAGAAUUAGCCUCAAAAUUUUAGAACACUUCUGCUAUUUCCCUCACCUUUUACUUCUCUAGGUUAGCUAUUUUUUAAACAUUUGCUGUGUUAGGAGAAGAUCCCUCUGGAGGGUGUGAUGUCCCCCUCCCCCUUUAUUGUAGGCUGCUGCUGAACAUACUGGCCAUGAGCUGCUGAGGGUGGCUUCCUGUCAGAAUUGCUUCAUGUAAAAUCACAAGGAAGCAAAUGUUUCUUGCAUCCUCCCAUUGUGCUGUUUCCUGUGGAGCAGACUGGAUGCAUGUCCUGGAUACAGGUUUUUUAUGGCACUAUAUGUGUUGGGAUGAUCCAAUCAAAUUGUUCUUGGUAGCCCCUAUAGUCUGAGCGUAGCAGGAAAUGAGGCUUCCUCUCAACCUUUUGUUCUCAAGUUAGCCUGACUUCGGAGAGCUCUUGGCUCUAUCAGAAUCCAGAAUGAAGACUUUUGAUGCAAAUGACCUGUAUCAGGGACAGAAUUUCAGCAAAGUUCUUAGCUCUCUUGUGGCUUUAAAUAAGGUGACUGCAGACAUAGGGCUGGGCAGUGACUCUGUAUGUGCACGUCCCUCAUCUCAUCGGAUAAAAUCCUUUGAUUCUCUGGGAUCCCAGUCUUCACACAGUAGAACUUCAAAACUCUUUCAGGGGCAGUAUCGGAGUUUGGACAUGACAGAUAACGGCAACCAUCAGUUGGUGGUGAGAGCCAAAUUUAAUUUUCAACAGACAAAUGAAGAUGAACUUUCUUUUUCAAAAGGUGAUAUUAUUCAUGUUACAAGAGUGGAAGAAGGAGGCUGGUGGGAAGGAACUUUAAAUGGAAAAACAGGGUGGUUUCCAAGUAACUACGUACGAGAAAUUAAAUCAAAUGAAAAACCAGUUUCCCCCAAAUCAGGUACCUUGAAGAGUCCACCUAAAGGCUUUGAUACAUCUGCAAUUAACAAAAGCUAUUACAAUGUGGUGCUACAAAAUAUAUUAGAAACAGAAAAUGAAUAUGCUAAGGAGCUACAAACAAUGCUUUCAAACUACCUGCGACCAUUGCAAGCCAGUGAAAAGUUAACCUUGACAAAUACUUCAUACUUAAUGGGAAACCUGGAAGAAAUAAGUUCUUUCCAGCAAAUGCUUGUACAGUCUUUAGAAGAAUGCACCAAGUUGCCUGAAGCUCAGCAGAGGGUUGGAGGAUGUUUUCUAAAUCUGAUGCCACAAAUGAAAAGCUUAUACCUUACAUACUGUGCCAACCACCCAUCAGCAGUAAAUGUCCUUACAGAACACAGUGAGGAACUAGGAGAAUUCAUGGAGAUGAAGGGUGCAAACAGCCCUGGGAUCCUUGUACUGACCACGGGCCUCAGCAAACCUUUUAUGCGUCUGGAUAAAUACCCCACGUUACUCAAAGAACUUGAAAGGCACAUGGAGGAUUAUCAUCCGGAUCGUCCAGAUAUUCAAAAAUCCAUGACUGCCUUCAAAAAUCUUUCUGCACAAUGUCAAGAAGUACGGAAACGGAAAGAACUUGAACUGCAAAUACUGACAGAAGCUAUUCGAUGUUGGGAGGGAGAGGAUAUCAAAACGCUUGGCAACGUGAUUUACAUGUCCCAAGUCAUGAUUCAGUGUGCUGGAAGUGAGGAAAAGAAUGAAAGGUAUCUUCUUCUCUUCCCUAACAUUUUGCUAAUGUUGUCUGCCAGCCCAAGAAUGAGUGGGUUUAUCUACCAGGGAAAACUGCCUAUGACAGGAAUGACUAUUACAAAGCUAGAAGACAGUGAAAACCAUAAGAAUGCAUUUGAAAUAUCAGGAAAUAUGAUUGAAAGGAUAUUAGUAUCUUGUAACAACCAACAAGAUUUGCAUGAAUGGGUGGAUCAUCUGCAGAAGCAAACCAAAGUCACAACUGUUGGGAAUCCCACCAUUAAACCUCACUCUGUGCCAUCUCACACGCUUCCUUCCCACCCAGUGACUCCCUCCAGCAAGCACUCAGACAGCAAGCCAAUACCACUGACUCCUGCCUACCACACUCUCCCUCAUCCAUCCCAUCACGGGACUCCACACACCACCAUAAACUGGGGGCCGCUGGAGCCUCCGAAAACGCCCAAGCCUUGGAGCCUGAGCUGCCUGCGGCCCGCACCUCCACUGCGGCCUUCAGCAGCCCUCUGCUAUAAAGAGGAUCUCAGUAAAAGCCCUAAAACCAUGAAAAAGCUCCUUCCCAAACGCAAGCCAGAGCGGAAGCCAUCAGAUGAGGAGUUUGCACUGAGAAAAAGUACAGCUGCUUUAGAAGAAGAUGCUCAAAUUCUUAAAGUCAUUGAAGCAUAUUGCACAAGUGCCAAAACACGUCAAACACUAAAUUCAAGUUCCCGUAAAGAAUCAGCUCCUCAAGUCCUGCUUCCAGAAGAAGAAAAAAUUAUUGUAGAAGAAACUAAAAGUAAUGGUCAGACUGUUAUAGAAGAGAAAAGCCUUGUUGACACAGUAUAUGCAUUAAAGGAUGAAGUACAGGAGUUAAGACAGGAUAACAAAAAGAUGAAGAAGUCAUUAGAAGAGGAACAAAGAGCUCGCAAGGACUUGGAGAAGCUUGUUAGAAAAGUUUUGAAGAAUAUGAAUGAUCCAUCUUGGGAUGAAACCAACUUAUAACCAUUUACUUUUGUUUUUUUCCCCUUCUUCUUUCUAUUGAAAGACCAGUUGUAAAACUGAGCUGGGAAGCCUUCUGACAUUAGUCAGUGUUGCAUCAAGAGCACUAUAAAACAGGAUUUAACUGGAUCUAGUGAUUUCUUGCUCUGAACAUACAGAAAGAGUCAAGCCAUUUACUGAAGCAAUCUGUACUUUAAGCAUGGAGACCUUGGAUCCUGAACUCUACUCAGCUUAAUUUGUUUGCAUCCAAAUUACCUCAUUUUGCAGAAAGUGCAGCACCUGACUAAAAGUCCAUGUUUUUCAGUGGCUUUUUAAUUAAAUCUAUAUUUUCCAUGUAAAUAGCUGUAAUUUAGAAUGCAUAUGUGAUUGAUGUGUCAGGGCUGAUAUGUUGGGGGUUUUUUCUUGUGUUAUUAAAACGGUCACAAGUGUUAGAAAUUAUGGCAAUACUGUCUUACCUAAAAAAGGUCAGAGUUCUUUGUGGAUAAUUAUGAAUUAGUUCCAAAUUACCCACUGACCACACAUGCAAAUUUAAACCCCUAUUUUUCCUAUUUACCACUAUAUUUAAAUCCUUUACUGUUACCUGUUACUUUAAACAGUUUACAGUUCCUUAAGAACAGUAUUGAAAUACAGGAAAUUGUUUAUUGGCAGUCAAAAUGAUUUUUAACAAAUCUAAUGUCCACAAUUUGCAUUCACAUACACUUGUUUGGCAGAAUAAUCUGUUGUGCUUUGGCCACCGAAAGAUUGAUGUACUUGCCUGCUUUUUAUGACUGUGAUUUUUAGGUGUUUAUGUACUACAUUUUCUGUUGUUGUGCUUAAACAUACAGCUGGCUGAUAACAGAUCAUACAGUUUGCUAAAGGAAAAAAUCAAUCUAAUCCAGAAUUUUGUGAAUAAAUGGUUGUUAUUUAUAUUUUAUGGUCACGGCAAUUAAAUUUUAGCUAACCUUUGUGCAUAAGACACAUGGGCUAGGCCAAAAUUCAUCCAGAGCUUUGUUACUAUACCACUAUAUAAGACUCUCUAUUUGGAGUUCUCAUACUGUGGAAGCAGUCAUUCCUUUCCCACUCUGUUUUCUUUGCAUGUUGCUGAUUUCUGUCCUACUAGGAUUCAAAUGGAAAGAAAUGUGGAAUAUUUUUUUUUAAUUGUACUGUAAUUCAUAAUUUGCACUGCUGACAUUUUAAAAUACAUAAAAGAACAUGAAUUCCCUAGUCUGAUAGGUGCAAUCACUGCAGUUUCUUGUAUUUAAGAUAGGAAAUGAUACAUCAUGCAAACAGUGAGCUUCAGAUGGAGCACUUAAAAUACUAAUCCCAUUAAAGCUCAUUGUUUUCAUGGAUUUCAUCAAACUUUGGAUUCAAGUCCAGACAGUGCAGCUUUCUGAGGGGUUUGUGUUCAGCUGAGUCAGAAGUACAGCUUUAGCACAGACUUGAGUCACACCUUUUGUCGUUCUGAUUUUCUAGUGCCCUUUAACUCCUGCUAAAUGUAAUGCUCAGACUUAAGCAAAUGUUUGUAUGAACUUUAGUGAGGUGGAGCCAGGGUGAUUUGGGUUGUAAGAAUUAUCAUGCACAUUUUGAAUCUAAUGAAAAAUCUACUUUUAAAGCUACCCACUUUUUUCAGUGAAGAAUAGCUUUUUUUUAAAUAGGAAAUUCUGUCAAUGAUUACAUACUUGAGAAACAAUUCUGUGGGAGUGGAUGCUUCAUAACCUGAGUAGACAAAUUGUCUCUUUUAGAAAGCUGAAUAUAUUUGUAGGUGUCUUGUGUUCCUGCAAUUUAAUAAUGUUUUCCUUUAAUUAUAAAGGAGGAGAAAAUGAAAAACAUCUACAUUAACAGAACUUGAAAUUCACAGAACUUGAAAUUUGUUAAUUCUUGAUACCAAAAUCUUUCCUUGAUGUUUGCGGUUACACAAAAUUGUGGACUGACGUUAUAUUUAUCUUCAGAUUUAGAAAAUAUCCUUGCUAAAAACUAAGUGAUACUAACCCCUUGAAAAUGCAUACUAUCAUGACCAAAUUUAGGCUUGGGAAAGCCAACAUAAUGAGAAUUUUGCUAGCAUUUUCACAUUCUGACAUGCAGGAUAUUUUCAGAAUGAUUUUUAAUUUUCAAUUGAGCAUGUGCAAAAGGACAUUCUAGAGGAAGAAGUAUAAAAGGAAAACAUUAACCUUAGCAGUAUUUAGCAAAUUUUAACUCAGGAACAACUUCCAUCAUAACAAUUUGUUUUACAUGAUAUUGUAAAGAGUGGUGUUGCUAUGUAAAUCUGCUGACUCUUAGUACCUGUGAUAUUAUAAUUUCUGACAGUACCCCUACAUUAACAUCUAAUGAACAUGCCUUAAACACCGGGAUGAAGCAAUUGUUAAAUAUGACCAGGACUUAGGGACUUAUUUUGUUCAAGGUGGAUUGGGAGGACUAAUUUUUACACAAACACACAUGAAAAAAAAAUGAAAUAAAAAAGAGGGCAAAGCAGAAAACUGACCUAAUGUUGUAAGGAGCUUUUGUCUCUAGUGCAGAGAGCAGCUUCCGACUCUGGGAACCAAGAAGUACCUGAACUUGUUUCAUUGACAAUUUGUUACAGUGUAUAUAGAUUGUAAAUGUCACCAUGGACCUUCUGAAUUGUUGGAAAUUUUAAAUAAGCAUGGAUAAAUGGGGCACUGUUUAUUUAACCUAUUAAAGGGUUGUUUGUUUGCUCUCAUCAUUUAGGGAUGAGGAGAUGAAGCCAUUUCUUAUCCUAUAGAUGUGAAGCACUUUCAGUUCUGAACUGUCCAAAAUGUAGCAUAACAUUUCUCUGUAUUUACUGAUGUAUGUGUGUUUGUCUCACUAUGUCAUGACAUCCUAAAGAUUGAAUAACUGACUGCUUUUGUAUAAACCUUUUUAAUGCAAAUCAUGUAGGGAAUUUAAAGUAUCUGUUUACAGUGUCUGUGGAGAACUCUAGUUUAGAUGUCACAAUAAUAUCCUGGUAUCCACUACUAAAGCGUUUAUGCUACAUUGUAAUUAAACCAUGAUUUUUUUCCCCUAC